AUGUCUACAAAGGCGCCGCAAGUCCUGUUGCGCAAGGCAAAUGGAACCGCAAACGGGGCCGCUGGCCAAGGGUCCGACCAAAUUAACGCCAGACACAGGAGAAACGCUGGCAAUGAGGAUUCUGGCAGUACGGCAAAAGGCAGAAAAGGGAAUGCUUCGCUAGACAAACGAAGCUCAACCAAGAACGUAACAGAAGGUGAAGCGCGGUCCCUGCCAAAACACCCCAGAGCUAGAGCGCACAAUGAAGGCGAAAAGAUGGUCGUCCGCCGCUUGCCACCAGGCAUGACGGAGCAAGAAUGUGUUUCCGUUCUGGGGCCUGAGUGGCAGCUUUCCAACGGCAAGGUUGACUGGUUUUCGUAUGUCCCGGGAAAACUUUCGCUCGAUCCUUCGGAACCGUCUCGGCCUGGUCGGGCUUAUCUUCACUUGAUGCGGAAAGAUGACAUCAUGCCCCUCGCGGACCAUGUCAGGAACGCAACCUGGGAAGAUGCAAAGUCAACGUUCAGAAACCCAGCAUUGGUGGGACCGCCUGCGCUGGAGUUUUCCGUCUACAAAAAGAUUCCCGGACCCAAGAAACGAACAGACGCUCGGCAGGGCACUAUUGACCAAGAUCCCGAAUUCAUGGCUUUCCUGGAAGACCUCGCAAACCCUGCCCCCAUGAGAGAGAGCAUUGACAUUGAGCAUUCUGAUGAAGCCGCAAAGGCAGAAACCAAGAUGACUACGACACCGCUGAUCGAGUACCUGAAGGAGAAAAAGGCCAACAAGGGCAAGGAUGGUGGCUCGGGCAAGAAUUCCAAAUCUGGCGGAAAGGGCAAGGGCGGACCAAGGGAUGCCGAGUCUUCCGGCAAGAAGAAGAGCAAGGAAUCGAACAAAACCGACAAAUCGGAAAAGGGGCCCAAAGAAACGAUCAAGAUUCUGACCAAGAAAGCUGCGGCCGAGCAAGCAGCGGAAACCGCAAACGCCGACGCCAAUGGGAACGCUGCUGGCGUUGGCGUUUCCGCCGCCCCCGGUGCCGCGACGGCUGCGACGGCUGCGACGGCUGCGACGGCUGCGGACGCGUCCAAGAGUCGACGGGCUGGCAUCGCCGCCGCCGCGAGGAUUUUGCAGCGAGAUCUGGGCCUGAGCCCCGGAAGCGCCCAUAGGCGGGCUCGGCAUGAUGCGGCCAAGGCCGAGGCUGAUGCCAAGCCAGCUGGCACACCCAACAAGCCCGCCCGCAACGCGACGCCUGAUGCUCCUGCCGACGCGGCAGCCCCGGCAGCAGAACCACCAGCGGCAGCACAGUCGUCCAAAGGCAGACCGGAGAGCCCUGCCCCUGCCUCCACAAAGCCGCAGCCGGGACGCCGAACCCGUGGCGGCAAGACUGCCGAAAAAGCCAAGGGAGCCGCGAGUAACGCAGCACCUGCGGCAGCCGACCAGUCGACAGCAAGCAACCCUCCCGUAAUUCUAAGGAAGAGGACCGAAGCCGACACGGGCCAAAAGGCCGCCGGACCUCAGCACGCUGGCCCAACUCACAACUCCAACCCGGCCAAGGGCGAUAAACAAGCAGCCGCGAAAGACAAGGCGGGAGGCGGCAAGCAAUUGUCGCAAAAGAAGACACCCAACGCCGACGCGAAUGCUACCAGCGCAUUUGUCAAGCCUGUCAGUGCUUCCCAGGGCGUCAAUGACGCCUCCCUCCGAGAAGCUCUCGGGGUAUUCGGCACCAUCGCACUGGUGGAAAUCGACAAGCGCAAGGGCUUUGCGUACGUCGACUUUUCCGAACCCGACGCCCUCGCCAAAGCCAAGGCAGCUAGCCCGGUGCAGAUUGGGCAGGCGUCUGUCCAAGUUGUCGAGCGCAAGGAUAAGAAGCCUGGCAAGGAUGCCGCGCCCCCGAGCCGAGAGAGGGAGAAGCCGUCGAGCGGCCGCGGCCGAAGGGGCCGCGGUGGCGGUAAGGCUGGCGGCACCGCGGUAAAUGGCCAGACCGCCACUGCUGCCAAGGAGGCACCCGCCACGAGCACGGGCGGAUGA